ACACGCCCGUGACCAAACCUUGCCUUAUGCGGCCCCGGAUCCUCACAAUAUAAACCCCCCUCCCCUCGCUGCCGCUCCCGCACCCUGCCUGAACCCUGCUUGCAUCCGACACAUUCCUCACGCACACAGCAGAUCAGCCCAGUUAUUAAUAACAGCCUGUCGCCCUUCGCCCGUCUCUAACACCUCCCAGACCUCUCGCCAUAGAACCAAACCCCAGGUCGACUUCCUCACUCAAACCAAAAUUCACAAUGGCGUUCGAACUCCUCACCAUCGUCCACGCGGUCGCUUUUGUCUUUGCCAUUAUUGAGCUUGGCCUUACAGCCUAUGCCGCGCAAUGGUUCUUCUUCGGCUGGGCCGCUCCGACAGUAAACUUUAUGGUCUUCAACUCAGUCUGGUCCAUCCUCGUGCUCAUCUAUGUCGGCGUCAUCCCGCUCGUGGCCAGCCGCAUCUUCCACAAGCUCGUCUCGUUCGGCCUCAACGCCCUCACCGCGCUCUUCUGGUUCGCCGGUAGCAUCGCCCUCGCCGUCCGCUACGGCCCCAGCGUAUCCUGCAACGGCAACAACGUCUGCGGCAGCACGAAAGCCGCCAUUGCCUUUGGCUUCUUCCUCUGGGCCAUCUUCACCGCGCUCGCCGUCAUCGAUGGCCUCGGCUCGUUCCGCAACCGCGGUGUCAAGGGCGGCUCGCGCGUCUGAGCGGCUUAGCUAGCAAUGCGGUACACAGAGAUGAUCCCAGUUGGCUGCAACUCGAGAGUGAUGCGGCGCAUCCUCCACGUUGUGUGCCGUCCGCAGGGUUUGGACUAUGCAGGGCUGGAACUACAUAUCCCGAGAGGCUGGUACGAAAUCCGCACAUGAUACCCAUUACCUAGGAAUCGCUCGACCUCGACGACAUGAGCAUGCACACAUUAAAACGGGGUUCCCAUGAUCACACACACACACACACACACACACACACACAC